ACAUAUUUUAAUUGCUUUUGGUGUACAUACAUACGAUUAUAAUAUAUGAUAUAAAUUCCAAACGUGUAACAUAUUUCAACACUUCCGUUCGUCCAGCAUUAUAACGAUACACACAAAGCUAUCAUCCCGAGUCAGACGGUUGGGAUCAAUUUGAUGAGACAUAUAUAUAUAUAUAUAUACAUACACAUAUAUGUGAAUAUAUAUAGCCGAGGAAGAAUGGGCGCGAAGAAGAACAUGCUCUGUUGAACAAAGACGAAAAUGGAGGAAACGAGGAAGAGAGAAGACGACAACGGAAAGGCCACCGCGGCGGAGGAUGACAUGAUGACGUGGAUGAUCGGCGGCGAGGGCGAGGAGUUCAUCGCGGAGGAUUUGAUGAAGCUUCUGGAGGACGACGGCGGUGGCGGCGGCGGAGGAGAUCCGUCGCGGGAUUGCCCGUUGAGGUUCAUCGAGGAUCCGUACGCGACGUCGGUGAUUUUCCAGUCGGCGACUUCGCCGGGAUACAUCACCAUAAACGGAAACGAGGAGAGCUGCGGAUCUUCGUUCUCCGACUCCGACGCGUCGGUAAUGGCGAGCGUCGACGCGCGUGGCCUGAUCGGAGCGUGGGGUUCACAUGAAGUGGAAGCGCGUGGUGGUAGCAGCCGUACGAACGCAUUUGAUGAUGACGACGAUGAUUCACUUGUUAGGUUCAUAGGCGAAGAAGACGAAGACGACUGUGUUUGACCCAACUGGCUCAG